AUGGGCAAUUCAUGCUGAAAAAAUAAAACUUUUACAAAGGAAGAAACUUCUUACACUUAUAAGAUAUCCAAAAACAAGAAGAAGAAGAAGAGACGUAGAGAAGAAGAAAAGGGAGACAUGCAAGAGGAGCUUGAGAAGAGGCAAGGAGAGGAAGGAAAAGUGGGUGAAGGUGUUACAAAUGAAAGAAACUACUCAUCCGUGAAAAUUGUCAAGAGAGUUGCCACUAGAGAAUAUGUAGUUGGGUAUGAUACUGAGACGACUAGGAAAAGAAAUCAUGGAUUUGUCUGCUACGAACAAGAUGGAUGGGGCAGCGACCAUCAUGAACCCUUCAAAGAAGAAAGCAUCCAAGAAGAAAGGAUCGAAAUAGAGGAGGAAAGUGACCUUCAAUACGAAGGAGAGAUUAUCCAUAAGAGAAAGAAGAAGGACCCUAAAGGAAUAAAUCCACAACAUUGACUCCAUAUCAGUUAUUUAUAAGAGAAAUGA